AUGAAGAGAAGUCCUAAGAAGCUAAGUGAGAUCAUAGAGAAAUGGAAGAAGAGAAAGAAGGGUUACUUUGCUGUGUAUACAAAGGAAGGCAGAAGAUUUGUUGUGCCUCUCUACUACUUGAACCAUCCUAUUUUUCGGGUGCUGUUGGAGAUGGCCCAGGAGGAGUUUGGGUCAACGAUUCUGGGGCCAUUACAAGUUCCUUGUGAGGAAGAAUUGAUGGAGUACAUUCUCUCUUUAUUGAGGAAGAAUCCUUCUGAGAAACUAGACAUCGGUGUACUGUCAACUCUCCAUGGCCACUUGUAG